AUCGAGGGAGCCGCUGCCUCUACAUUCCUCUUAUCGCGAUAUCCAUUCCAACACUCGAGUUUUAGCUCCUCGUUCUCUAUCUCUCCGAUCGAGAAUGCAAACGCAAACGCAAACGCAGCCGCGAGCAGCUUUAAGAUUCCGAGUUCUCCCCUCGACCGCCUACACUCCUCGCCUCCCCUUCGUUGUCUUCUUCCCACGAAACCGAUGGCCUGCUCGUGUCUGGUGCACGGCCGCCGAGAACGGCGGCUUCCUUGGCGAGCAGAAGCAACUUCAGAUGCCGCAUAAGAAGGCGUACCCUUUCGAUGAGAUAGAACCUCGGUGGCAGCGUUUCUGGGAGGAGAAUAACACGUUUCGAACACCCGAGGUGGUUGACACUUCAACGCCCAAAUGUUACAUCCUCGACAUGUUCCCCUACCCUAGUGGAGCUGGAUUACAUGUUGGCCAUCCCCUUGGAUAUACUGCCACUGACAUACUCUCGAGAUAUAAGCGUAUGAAAGGCUUCAACGUUUUACAUCCAAUGGGAUGGGAUGCAUUUGGUCUUCCUGCUGAGCAAUAUGCCAUCGAGACUGGAACCCAUCCAAGGAUUACAACCAAGCAAAAUAUCAAAAGAUUUCGUUCCCAGCUCAAGUCAUUAGGUUUCUCGUAUGAUUGGGAUCGUGAACUGUCAACCACUGAACCUGAAUACUAUAAAUGGACACAGUGGAUUUUUCUUCAACUGUUUAAGAAAGGACUUGCAUAUCAGGCUGAAAUACCUGUUAAUUGGUGUCCUGCACUUGGCACUGUCUUGGCGAAUGAAGAAGUGAUCAAUGGUGUUAGUGAACGAGGGGGGCAUCCUGUUGUAAGAAGGCCAAUGCGCCAAUGGAUUCUCAAGAUUACUGCCUAUGCUGAUCGCCUUUUGGAAGAUUUAGAUGAACUUGAUUGGCCUGAAAGCAUCAAGGAAAUGCAAAGAAAUUGGAUAGGCCGAUCUGAAGGUGCUGAGCUCGAGUUUCAUGUAGUUGAUUCUGAAGGAUGUGACCUGGGUCUAGAGUUAUCUGUAUAUACAACCAGACCAGACACCAUAUUUGGUGUAACAUUUCUGGUUGUGGCACCUGAGUACCUGUUCUUGUCAUCACUAGCAUCUGAAGCCCAGCAUGACAUAGUGGAGCAAUACAGGGAGGUUGCUUUGAGAAAAAGUGAUCUUGAGAGAACUGAUCUUCAAAAAGAAAAAACUGGAGUUUUUAGUGGUUCGUAUGCUAUGAAUCCAGCUAAUGGAGAAGCCAUUCCAAUAUGGGUGGCAGAUUAUGUUUUAGGAAGCUAUGGUACUGGGGCAAUAAUGGCUGUGCCUGCACAUGAUUCUCGUGAUCAUGAGUUUGCAUUAAAGUAUGAUAUUCCCAUUGUUAGGGUUGUGAUUGGUACUGAUAAAAAUCAUCAUAAUAGAGAACCAUAUGUAGAUGAUGGAAUCAUGAUCAACUCCUCAAAUUCAUCCUCUGGCUUGGAUAUCAAUGGUUUAUCAUGCAAAGAUGCUGCUGCAAAAGUAAUAAAUUGGCUUGAGAUUACUGGUUAUGGCAAAAAAAAGGUAAAUUACAAGCUGAGGGAUUGGCUUUUUGCUCGACAACGCUAUUGGGGCGAACCAUUUCCUGUGAUUUAUCUGGAUGAUAGUGGUGAAGUAGUUCCUUUACCAGAAAAAGAGCUGCCUGUAGUACUCCCAGAGUUGGAUGACUUCAAUCCCACAGGAACAGGGGAACCUCCAUUAGCAAAAGCAACUUCGUGGGUGAAUACUGCAGAUCCAAUUUCUGGAAGGCCUGCAAGACGGGAAACAAAUACAAUGCCGCAAUGGGCUGGCUCAUGCUGGUAUUAUUUAAGAUUUAUGGACCCAAAAAAUUCCAAAGCAUUGGUUGACAAAGACAAAGAAAGGUACUGGGGUCCUGUUGACAUCUAUGUUGGUGGAGCUGAGCAUUCUGUCCUGCAUUUGCUUUAUGCUAGGUUUUGGCACAAGCUCCUGUAUGAUAUAGGUGUUGUUUCUUCCAAGGAACCAUUCAAGUGCCUUAUAAAUCAAGGGCUAAUACUUGGCGAAGUAGAGUAUACAGCUUUGAGAGAUCCACAAGGGAAUUUAGUUUCUGCUGAUUCAACUGUCAUCAGAGACAAUUAUUAUCAAGAAAAAGUACCUGCGGAGAAGGUGUCUAAAGUUGGUGAUUUUUAUGUUAUAAAGGAUGAUCCUAGUAUUCGUUUAAUUGCUCGAGCCUACAAAAUGAGUAAAAGUAGAGGAAAUGUUAUCAAUCCAGAUGAUGUUGUUUCUGAGUAUGGUGCUGAUUCUCUUCGCUUAUAUGAAAUGUUCAUGGGUCCAUUAAGAGAUUCAAAGACAUGGAGUACUGGAGGAAUUGAAGGAGUGCAUAGGUUUCUAGCUAGGAUUUGGAGGUUGAUCGUAGGCCCCAAUUUAUCCGAUGGAUCGUAUAGCGAUGGGUCAGUUGCCACUGAUGAUGAACCUAGCUUGGAUCAACUGAGAGCUCUUCAUAGAUGUAUUGCAAAGGUAACCGAAGAAAUAGAAGAAACAAGGCUCAAUACAGGAAUCUCUGCAAUGAUGGAAUUCAUAAAUGCUGCUUACAAGUGGGAUGACCAACCAAAAUCAAUCUUGGAGCCAUUUGUUUUAUUGCUUUCACCUUUUGCACCUCACAUGGCUGAGGAACUCUGGUUUCGAUUAGGACACCAGGAGACUCUUGCAUAUGAGCAAUUUCCUGAGGCUCAAAAUGAGUUCUUGAAAGAUUCGAGCAUAGUACUGCCUGUUCAGAUCAAUGGGAAAACUAGAGGCACAAUCAUUGUCGACGAAUCGUGCCCUGAAGAUGAUGCAUUCAGAUUAGCAACACAAGAUAAGAAGCUUUCCAAAUAUCUAUUAGGGAAGACGAUAAAAAGGAAAAUUUAUGUUCCCGGACGGAUCUUAAAUGUGAUCCUGGACCAACAGAAAGUCAGUCAAUGAUACUCCCAACAAGCAUUAGAUGGUUCUACAGUAGAAUAUACUUUUUUUUUUUUGUCUACUCCUAGAGAUAUCAUUACUUCAUUGUGCAAUUGUGAGCAAUAUUGUGGCUCUUCUUAAUUAAUGAAAAAAAAUUUUAAUUAA